CUUCGAUCGUGCCUUUUCCAAUUUCGUACGGGUAACCAGGGAACCAAGUAACGGUUGCUGUAAAUACGUUACAAUGUUAAGUGCGACCCUUCAGAAAGUGCGAUUUCUGUACAAACCGUAUGCGUUGGCUAUUGUUUCCAUUGGAUACGUUCUUGGAGAGCUAGGCCAUUAUUUAAUUGGUGUUACAAGCAAAGCCACAGCGGAGGAUUUACACUACGGUGACAUUUCCUGCCAGUUAAACUCGACAACAUUGUCCGUCAUAGAACUUCCGAUUCAAUGCGAGGUAGCCAAAAACGAAAGUUUCUGCGAAUCUCUGGAAUUGAAUGGUACUCGCUACUGCGAAUGGAACUACAAUGGCCUUGGUUUGGAUUAUCAAAUCUUAGCUGGUCCGAGUUUUAUUGCUGUCUUCACGAUCGUCGGCGUCAUCUUGGGUAUUGCAGCUGAUAAAUACAACAGGGUAAGGUUGCUAACCAUUUGCACCCUUGUCUUCAGUGUAGCAAUAGUCCUAAUGGGAGCAGUCAAGGAGUACUGGCAGUUACUUAUUCUUCGUAUGAUAUUAGCAGCAGGGGAAGCAGGAUGUAACCCUCUGGCUACAGGUUUACUUUCCGACUGGUUUGCAGAAGAACAACGAGGACUCGUUAUGUCAAUUUUUAAUUGGGGCAUUUAUGGUGGCUAUGGUAUUGCAUUUCCUGUUGGUCGUUAUGUACCAAAAUUGAAUAUUGGAAAUUUGGGAUGGAGGGCGUGUUACUACGGAGCUGGAAUAGUCGGGCUAAUUAUAGCAGCUCUCACUCUCACGCUGUCCGAGCCAACGAGAAAAACGAUCGGCGAGGAAGAAGUGAAUAAGGACGGAAAGAAAGUACGCAUUUGGAAAGUGAUUCUACAACCUAGGAUUCUGCUUCUAUGCUUGGCUGCGAGCAUCAGGCACUGUGGUGGGAUGUGUUUCGCCUACAAUUGCGAUCUCUACUACAGGGACUACUUCCCUGACUAUGAUCUUGGGUGGUGGUUGUUCGCUGUGACGAUUGUAAUAGGCAGCAUCGGUGUUGUAGUCGGUGGUGCUAUAAGCGACAAAUUCGUAGCGAAAAUGGGAAUCAGAUCGAGAGUGGCUUGUCUGGCCAUUAGUCAGAUAAUAGCAACACCUUUUGCGUUUGGUUCUGUAUACUUUAAUCCGUUAGGAGCAAUGAUUACCCUUGGCAUUUCUUAUUUCUUCGCCGAAAUGUGGUUUGGCAUAGUGUUCGCCGUCGUUGUAGAAAUAGUUCCUUUGCGUUUGAGAUCAACAACAAUUGGUGCUUUUUUAUUUGUAAUGAACAACAUCGGUGGAAAUUUGCCAAUUCUGGUUGAACCGACUAGAAUGGCCAUUGGCUUCCGAGAAUCUCUUUACAUCUAUUACGCUGGUUUCUAUGGCAUUAGCUCCAUCAUGUUCUUUUUGACCAUAUUUUUAAUGGAAGGCGCUAAGGAAGAGACACAGGAUAUUGUUAUUAGAAAACCUGAUUUUGGACACGAUAAUACUAUGUUUACUCACGACGAUGGGAAUGUACCGACAUUAGAACUUCCUCGAUUAUAUCCGCAACCACCACACCGAAUCGAAAACUCUAGGCUAUAAUGUAAUAUAAUGUGAUUUAUAAAUUGUAAAUAGUAUCGCAAGCGAUUUCAGGAAUUGUACAAUUAUUAUAAAUUGUUGCAAAAUGUUCCCUCUACUUUUAAUAAAAGAUCACAAAGUA